AUGUCAUCUAAUGAUUUAGAUGUUUAAAAGUAAAAAUUACGAGAGUAAGUUAUACAUACUGAAACUCUCAACAUGAUGGCUAAGUAUUAGUUGGUAUUCUUAAAAAUGGAGAUAUCAAUAAGAAAGCUGGGCUUGAUAUUGAAAUUAAAAGGAAACUAAUAGAAAUUCCAUGCUUUUAGGAAACUUAAACAAUCUAAUAAAUACAGUGCUAAUCAUUUUAAAGUUAUUUUCACAUAGAUCGCAUUAAAAUAUUAGUAAGUUGGAGAGAUUAUUCAAAAAAAAUAAAAAAGAAAUUUGCACUUUGCAUUCAUUAAAGUUCAAUUUCAAUUCUCGAGAAACAAAAAUGAUAAAAUAAGGAAAUCCUUCUUAUAGGUAAUAGCAUCUAAAGAGUCUGAGAUAAAGAAUCUGUAAAUUAAGGAAUAAGAAAUAAUGGAAAAUAUCAACAAUUAAAAAUUAAAAGAACAAGAAUUCCUAUAAAAAAUAAAAUCGAAGGAUGCGAUUUUGACCUCUUUGGAAAAUGAAUUGAAAAAAAAUUCAACUAUUAAAUCUUUUGAUUCAAAAUUAAGAAAUAUCGAAAUUGAGAAUCAGGAGAUGCAGGAACGCAUUGUGGGGACUGAAGAUUCUGUUAAUCUAUUUAUAAGAGAAAUGAAUGAUAUGCUCGAUAGUCACGAAAUCAGUACCAAUUUAGGUAUUGAUUCUGAUGAAAACUAAUCUUAUGAAUAAGCUGCUUAGGUUAUCGAAUAUUAGAGCUAAAGAUUGAAUCAAAAUUCAAGAUAAUAAAAAUCUAAGAACUUUUACUCGAAUUAAUUGACUCGUACUAAAAUUAAUUGA